AUGCCAUCGAAGGAAUGUACGCUGAAAACUCCCAAAGUCGGUGUCGGGGUAAUUAAUGAUCUUCGUAACAACGAGGAGCUCAUCGACGUGACGCUCCGAUGCGAGGGCGGGCGAAUCGGAGCACAUAAGAUUCUGCUGGCCGCAAACAGCCCGUAUUUUAGAGCAGUCUUCCAGGAGAACCCAGCUCAACAUCCGGUGAUCAUCUUCAAGAACGUCCAAUACAGCGAUCUGAUGGCAAUAGUGGAGUUCAUUUAUCAGGGCGAGACAACGAUCAACUCGGAUCAGCUACAAUCGGUUCUGUCCACGGCCAAAAUGUUAUCAAUUUCGGGGCUUAAGGAUGACUGGAAUAAUUCAGGGCACAAAUCGCAGCAGACAGAUGCGCAUGGAUCCGUCACCCAGCAAUUGCUACAGCCACCGGGUCAGAAGACAGCGACCACAGCCCCUAAUUCGCAGUCUUCCAAUAUGGCACCAAAUUCAACCACUGUACAUGAACUACUUCAGACCCAGAUACCAACUACGUCGAAAACACCAAAGGUUCGGAAAAUGUUGCAUGUUAAGUUCGCUCCUGAUAUACAGCAGCAAGUACAUCAACCGCAAGAGCCCGUAGAGCAACUACAGCAUAAGAAGCAAGAAGAACAUGAGCAGGUCAUCGCAAUGCAAAAGGACAUCAUUAGUGAUCAAGCUGGAUCAAGCACAAACAACAAAUCAUUCGUGCGAGGUCCUUGCCAUAAAAUUCACGAAGGAGGCAACUUUGGUGGUAUGGCAAAUGGUAUGGAGGAAGUGGAAUAA